AUGCCUCCCCGGAACAGGCAUUUCCACACGCGAGAGCCCUUCCAUCAUGACGACAGAUUGACACUGGACCGCGCCGAGGGGCCCUUCAGCUUCCUCAAUCCCACCCGGGCCCAUUUCGACCAUUCCGGAUCCAUCUCCAAGAAAACCCCGGAGGAUGUCGAGACAUCGCAGGAGACCGUCGACCGUGAAGCCGAGCAUCAAAUUCCCAAGCACUAUUCCGGUUCCGACGUGCCCGCCAAAAAUAUCAAGUUUUUGUGGCGGUCGCGAGACAAUCGAAAAGGCCGACAUCCCUUACUCGUCCAGAGACCCAAGCCCGGGGAAGAGGCAUAUUUUGUGACUCCGAGAAAAACGUCGGACCCCAGAGAGGUUUUGAAAACCAUUGUCAAAACCCUGACGUACUAUCCGAUCUGGGAUAUCUCGUGGCUCGUGGCUUUUAUCUUCACUUGGGGCAGUGUUGUCUGGGUUUUGAAUGGUUUCUUCGUCUGGCUACCAGUUGCAGCCCCCUCGACCGAGUUUAACGGCGAAAUCUAUUAUGGAGGAGGGAUCACAGCAUUCAUCGGCGCCAUCGUUUUCUUCGAAACUGGCUCUAUCCUGUUGAUCUUCGAGGCCAUCAAUGCCAACAACACCGGCUGUUUCGGCUGGGCCGUGGAGCAACUGUUCGACGAAGACGACCAGCAGAAAGAAGGUACAGCGAGACUGCGCGUCGUCGCCAACCGCCACCACUGUCACCACCACCACCAGAACCGACGGAACUUCGUCGGCAAACAUUCUCCUCUGACCGUCGUCGAGGCGCAACCACCUCUCAGGCAAGGCGGGAAAAAGGCCUGGCGAUGGUUCCCCUCGUGGCACGACCUGCGCACGCACUACCUCCACGAGUUCGGCUUCCUGGCCGGCUCGGCGCAACUGUUUGGCGCGACCGUCUUCGGCAUCUCCGGCAUCACCGCCUUGCCGGGAAUCUACAACCACUUGACGCCCGAGUGGCGGCUCAACGCCGCGUACUGGAUCCCCCAGGUGAUUGGCGGCAGCGGCUUCAUCGUCAGCAGCACGCUGUACAUGCUCGAGACGCAGCAGAAGUGGUGGAAACCCGCGCCGCAUCUGCUUGGGUGGCACAUUGCGUUCUGGAACCUCGUGGGGGCGCUGGGCUUCACGCUCUGCGGCUCUCUGGGGCUGGCGUAUAAGAACUCUGGAGCCCAGUACGAGGCCGGGUUGGCUACUUUUUGGGGCUCCUGGGCAUUCUUGAUCGGCAGCUACCUCCAACUGUACGAGAGUCUCAGCAAGAACCCCGUGGAAGAAGUGCCGAGCGACCAAGUCUUUGCAGUGACACAAUGA